AUGAUUGCGGGCCAUGAAUUUGGAGACGAGGAGGGUAAAACAUUCAUUGUUAGGCGAGCAUUAUAUGGUUUGAAAUCUGCUGCGUUAGCAUUCAGGUCCCACCUUGCAGAGACAUUGGAGAACUUGGGAUUUUACUCAUCAUAUGCCGAUCCCGAUGUUUGGAUGCGAGCAGCUAUCAAACCAGACGGGGAAGAAUACUACGAAUAUAUUUUGUGUUAUGUGGAUGACAUCUUGUGCAUGUCUGAAAACGCUAAAGAUGUUAUGGAGCAGAUAAGCUACAAAUUCAAAUUCAAGAAGGACAAGAUUGAACAGCCUGAAAGCUACCUUGGAGCGGGUGUCAAAAGAAAGGUUUUAGACGGUCAGCACAUGUGGAAUAUGUCCAGUUAUGACUAUGUUACAGCUGCUGUGAAGAACGUCAAAGCAACCCUGAAAGACAAUCAGAGGUGGAACUUACCAAAGAAAGCCGUCACUCCAAUGAAUAGCGAUUAUACACCAGAGCUAGACGGUUCAAGUGAGUUAAACGCACAUGACCACACAUACUUUCAAGAAUUGAUUGGGGUCUUAAGGUGGGCCACGGAGAUCGGACGCGUUGAUAUUCUACUGGAAGUUUCUCUUUUGAGUCAAUACCAGGCAGGGCCAGGGGAAGGACACAUGGAACAAUUGUUGCGGAUUUUUGCCUACUUGGAUCAACACCCAAAGAUGACUCUAUACUUUGAUUGGAGAAUCCCAAACGCAGAUUUUUCCGGAGUCAAGUCAUUGUACAAAGAGUUCCGUACUCUAUACAGAGAUGCUGAGGAACAAUUACCAUCGAACAUGCCAAAACCAAGAGGUAGGCGAGUGGGAAGCUUGGCAUACGUUGAUGCCUCGCAUGCAGCAAACAAGAAGACUCGUAGAUCGCAUACCGGCUAUGCCAUCUUCUUGAAUAGGGCGCCUAUUAUUUGGCGCAUGGCUCUGAAAUCAUGUAUUGAGGCAAUUACGCACUUACGCUACAAGUUGCGUAUGUUUGGGAUCCCACUGGAUGAGGAACCAACACAGGUGUUAGUGGACAAUGAAGCGGUUGUUAAAAACUCGUCACUGGUAGAAUCUACGUUGAACAAAAAGCACAAUUCAAUUGCUUAUCAUUAUGCACGUUGGAAUGUGACAGCUCAGGUGAUUGCAGUUUCAUGGAUUGAUGGUGCAAUCAAUAUUGCAGAUGCAUUUACAAAGCGAUUAACACAAAUGAGGAGAGAAAACCUUUUUGAUUCUUGGGUUUAUUGA